AUGGAUCCUUGGGGCUCUGAAGUAAAAGCUGCUGUCGUAGAAUCCAAAUUUGAAGACGAUUUCACUUCAUUAAGCCAGAAUUUUGUAAAACUCUCUGACUCCGCUGAAUAUCUCGCCAUUUUAGAGAAUGACGGCUGGACGCAAGAGUCUGUUCAUUUUCCUGAUGGGUCUGGCGUGGCGCUGCCGGUACAGUAUGCCGCUGCUGCUGAGUGGCACCGUAGCGGUUAUAGGACGCGCCUGGAUGUUUCAAAUCAGGGUCCACACGGUACAUCAGCUCAGUGA